UUUAUCAGACAAGGUUUUGCUGUAGCGUAUUUCUUUGCAAAUUGGGUAAAUUUCAAAAAGAUUCUCUUCAGAUCGCAUAUCUAACAAAAGGACUUAUUUUCUCGAGGAUAUUAGUAAUUUCCUCUUGUAACCAUUCGCCUUAUGCAUGCAGUAAUCCAUACUUUAAAAGCUGUACAACGAUUUAAAUGCCUCUUUAACUCUUUCAAUGUUGACGUAAUUACUUGAUUGCGUAAACAUUUCUAAACCAAUUGUUCAUAAGGGAAUGAAGAAGUUUUAUUGUUCCUUUCAUUAUCUUGGAAAAGUGGCAGGUGCCAUUUAACAUAAUUUUUAACAAUUAUGGAAAAUCAAAGUCAUCAUGGUCAAGCUUACCAGACGCAUCAGUCGUUUUGGAAAAAGAAUACUCAUGCUGUGCCAGGCAGACCAAGUCCAAAACAAGAUGGUAAACUUGGAAAGAUGAAUGCUGCAUCACUUGUGUCCAGCAAUACAGUCUCUGGUAGAAUCGCAUCGGGAAGCAGUGGAGGUUCUACAUCAUUUCAAGAUUUUCAAGAAAGCGUGGACGAUGCUUGGGACUCAGGAGAUGAUGAGUUCUGCACUGUUUCUGAUAUAAAGAUAUCAAAACGAGUUAGUCACUCUGCUGCACUCAGUGUCAUUAACAGCCAUCGAUCAAGAAAAACAUACUUAGAAUCGGGAACAAAUUCAAAACCUUCUCAACGAGUUCAGGAAAUCAUUCCUGAGGAGAAAAAAGCAGAGGCCCUGCAAAGAUUAGCUGUCCAACCCUUGCAUUUGCGAAAUGCAAAUUUGUCUAUGCAUUCUCAAGUAAACAACAGUCAACAUUCCACGAAUGAUAUGGAUAUAAAAUAUGGUGCUUCCCCGCAGCAUAGACCCACGCAAUUUCCAGGGAGACCACAACCACUUAGGCAAAUGAACGCUCCUACUAAAUUUUUUAUACCUUCUAGAGAACAAGAUGGCGAAAGUAAAGUAGAUAAAUUUCAAUCCCUUUUGGAAGCCUCUGUAUUAAAUUUAGAUGAACUAAGGCAACUAUCGUGGUCGGGUGUACCUGCAAGAUUGCGUUCCGUUACUUGGAGGCUAUUGUCUGAGUAUUUGCCAGCUAAUUUGGAGCGUAGGCAGCAUGUGUUAGAACGUAAACGUCUUGACUAUUGGAAUUUAGUAAAACAGUAUUAUGACGUGGAAAGGGAUGAAGGAUUUCAAGAUACAUAUCGUCAAAUUCAUAUUGACAUUCCGAGAAUGUCACCUCUUAUUUCGUUGUUUCAACAAACAACGGUACAAUUAAUUUUUGAAAGGAUACUUUAUAUUUGGGCAAUUCGUCAUCCUGCUUCUGGAUAUGUUCAAGGGAUGAAUGAUCUAGUGACACCUUUUUUUCUGGUGUUUUUACAAGAAGCAGUACCUGCAUCAGCAUGGCAGGAUUUAGAAAAUUAUGAUGUCGCGUCUUUGCAAACAGAACAGAGGAAUAUUAUAGAAGCGGAUAGUUUUUGGUGCUUGUCUAAGUUUCUCGAUGGUAUUCAGGAUAACUACAUCUUCGCUCAAUUAGGCAUUCAGCACAAAGUGAAUCAGUUGAAAGAACUUAUACAGAGAAUCGAUGCACCAUUACAUCAGCACCUUCAUAAGCAUGGUGUAGAUUAUUUACAGUUUUCCUUUCGAUGGAUGAACAAUUUAUUAACGCGGGAAAUUCCUCUUCAUUGCACGAUUCGCCUGUGGGAUACUUAUUUAGCGGAAUCAGAUCGAUUCGCUUCGUUUCAACUUUACGUAUGUGCAGCGUUUCUUCUUCGUUGGAGGCGCCAUCUUCUUUUACAACCUGAUUUUCAAGGACUGAUGUUGAUGCUACAAAACCUGCCUACUCAAAAUUGGACAGACUCAGAAAUAGGUAUAUUGGUCGCGGAAGCGUAUAAAUUAAAAUUCACAUUUGCUGACGCUCCCAAUCACCUGCAGGCACACGACACCAGGUGACCAAAUUGCAAUGCGUCUAGAUAACGAUAAUACAAUAGUGGCCAAAAUGACAUUGGCACAAAUGAAUUUGUGCCAGGUUGUUCCUCGUGUUUCACGGCCAUUUUGUGUAUUAUAAAAUUACACGAGUCACGGCCAUUUUAGCUUAUUUCAAAUCCGACAAAUUUGUAUCACUCUCUUUUUCGAUUAGGAAAGAAGCUUUAUAUUUUCGUUACGUUUUUUGAAGACUUGAUCAGUCUUUAGAGAUUUUAUUCUCCUUAUUAUUAUCAUAGGCAGUAGUAUUAUCGUCAUCAUCAUCAUUCAUUUUCGAGGUAAGUUGAAUUGUAUUCCUUACGACAAAAUUUGCUCGCCAUCUUUCAGUUUGCAAAUACGUAAUUACAAGCUGAAAUACGAAGAGUGUAACGCGAAUCGAUUGCCAUUUACGAUUCGUAUUAUAUUUAUAUAGUAUGUUUUGAAUUAUUAUACACAGUUAAUAUAUAAGCAAAAGGUUUUAUAAAUCAAUUGCGACUA